GUGUGAAAAUUUAUUGUUGUUAUUUGUUAUUUGCCUGGCGUGCGGUUCGGUUGUUUGGCGUGCCGUCGGGUUUAAGAUAUAUUCUAUUCUAUAUUAUUUUAUUAUCAUUUUGAAAUAUAAAUAGUAAAUGUGUGUUGCCGCAAAAAGCUAAAGUGUGCGAGCGAGUGUGUAGCGCGUUAAAUUUAUGAUAAACAUUUUAUGCUGAUAAUGAAUUUCAUUAAAUUUUUUGGUGUCGGAAACAUUUUGUGCUAACGAGUGAAUAGUAGCAAGUAAAGGAAGCAAAGUGCGUACAAAAACAAAAACAAAAAGUAGAACGAAUUACAUGACAAAUACAAAGCAUAUAAGAGUAAGUGACAUAAAGUGCCGGUUGCGGAUACGGAUGCGGAUGUAAAUGUAAAUGUAAAACAAUAAUAAUAAUUAUUAUUAUGACAUGCAACGACAAAAACAACAACAAUGCAAGUUUAGCGAAAAAUACAUAUGUAAACUAAAAUAAACAAUAUUACAAAAUACAAUAAAUAGAAAUAAUAUUAAAUAAAAAUAUAUAUACAGCGUAUUUGCGCACAACAACAACAACAAAUUAAAAAUAGUGAAUCACACUUGUCGUUGUCGUUCGUCGCCGUUGUAUAAAAUUUCGUCGAUAAAUAUUUGAAUUGCUUUUGUGACAGAUAGGAAAUAGCCGAGCAAAUACACACUCAAACACAUGCUUGUACAUAUGUAUGUUUGGUUGUAUGUAUGCAAGCCUGUAUGUGCAGCUGAGCAAAAAGCAAAGCAAAGCAAAAGCAAAGUCAAGUCAACACUGUCUGACAGCUGAGCAUUUAGCAGAGUAGUGGAGAAGCAGCAGAAAUCGGAAAUAGCACAAAACAUUUGUGGCGUAUAGGUAAUAAGCGCAAAAAAUAAGCAGAAAUUCGCGAACGCGCGUGUGAAUUUGGAAUUUUUCUUGAUUUUUUAAUUAUUUUUGAUUGCAUUUGCACGCCUGUGUUUGGGGAUUGUUAUUUAUAUAUUACUAAGAAAAUAGUAUAUGUACAUUAGCGUGCCAAGCAAAUCCAUACAAAGUGCAUGAGUAAGCAGCUAUAACAAUAAGCGCAACAAAAACAACAAUAACAAAUAUUAUAAAAACUUAAAUAUUUUAGCAUAUCGCUAAACGGAAAUACCAUUUGACCCAACACAAUUGUGCUUGAGCGGGUGCAAACGCCAAGCAGCAGCUGACCAACAGAGCGCCGAUGAACAAUUCGACUGGGCGGUUAGCGGUUGAUACUGAUUGUGCAUACAAACAUGUGUGAACAUGCAUUAAUUGUAGUGGAAUGUGGAAAAUAAAUAUAAAACAAAAACAAUUAAUAAGAAAAAUUACAAAAAAAAACUUUAGUAAAACGCUAAAAAGUGCAUAGAAACAAGCAAGAGUUACAGUGCAAACUCAUAAAAAAUACAAUAAAGCAAAGGAUCAAAAUAGAAACGUUGAAGAAAGUGGCGGAAGUAGCAACACUAGAAGAACAUAAAACAACUAAGCAACACGCGUAUUGGCAGUUUUGGAGCGGCUAAUGAGUGCAGAGCGACUUCCGUAGGGUACUCCUGGUAAGCAGCAGCAGCUAGCAGAUUCUUGAUGUCAUUGAGCUUUUGCACAUGCAACAACAAUACUGCAGUGUGUGCUGAUUGCAUUGUUGAUGAACUAUAGUAAAAGUAGAACGCCUAUAAAGUGAAGGAGUAAAGUAAGCGCCUUUACAAGGCAGGCAGUAAAACAUAUACAAAAACAAAAAGUGAGAGAAAAAAGAAAUAAAGCUUGGUGUGUGCAACAGGAAGUUUGCUGCUUUCAAGCCAGCAAGUUAAGGAGCGUAGAAAACAAACUAAAUAAAAAUCUAAAAAAAAAAAAUUAAAAAUUAAAUAAAUAUAAAAAUCAAUGUUUAUAGCUUUUUCGUAAGCGCCAGUGAAGAAAUAGCAUCCAAAAAGUAAAAGAAAAUAUUUAUGUGUAUAAGAACGCAACAGUUUUAUUAACGCCAAUAAUAACCGAACGUUAAAUAAAAUAAAAUUACACAACAAAAACAAUAAUAAUAAAACAAAAAACAACAACAAAAACCCAGUAAGAAUAAAAACAGUAAUCAUAUCAGUAAACAAUCGGUCGUGUCUUCUACUGCUGCUGCUGUCAGUAGUAGUCACACAUACUACUACACAACAGAGAGAUAUAAAUAAAUAAAACGUCGAAGAUAGCAGCACUGCAACAAUUACAAUAAUAACAACAACUACAACAAUUAACACAAUAAUAUAAUAAACAAACAGCAACAACAACAACAAAACACAAAUCGUCAGUCGAACGUCAGCAACAAAUCAACUCACACAAGUCAACCUAUAAGUCAAGAAUAAGUGUGUGUAUGUGUGUUGUACAUAUCGACACACUUGAGUACAAUAAAAACAAAUAAAAUAAAAACACAAUCAGAACAUAUAAUAAUACAAAAGCAAAAAAAAAGAAAGAAAAUAAAAGAAACAACAAUACAACAACAAUAGUUCAACUAACAGCUACAUAAAGCACUGAGAAGAGAAAGGCAACGGCGCACGAACAACAAUCGCCCCAAAUUGUGCGCGACUACGACAAGCGUACAAACAAACAGACGGACGUACGUACGUACGGAAAGACCGUUCGGUCCGAAAGGCGGAAAGCUAAGAAACGCAAUCGCAUAAGUGCUUACAAGCAAAGUAAGAACACAAACAGAUAGCCAACCAACCAACCAACCAGCUGCUACGCUUGUUUAUAAGGCGCAGAGCGGGAGUUAAGCAGGCGUAUAAAAAAUCAACGCAAUCGUCGAACCAUUUAGCCCCCACCAAACGGCUAGCAACGGCCCUGUGCAUUGCACGCGCAGCCGGCAGACAACUGUGUUCUGGAUCUGGACAUAUCCGCUUCCGCAUUGUGUUUGGCUUCGGCUACGGCUACGCUUUUGCGUUUUGUUCUGUUCUGUUGCGCUUCGUUACACACAUGUGUUCGUAGUUCGACGUCAGUCAGUGUGCUACGAUUUCGUCUUUUGGCAUUUUUUGAAUUGGCAAAGAAGACGGUCGCCAGCUAAGUCAACUAAUACAACAUACUUAACCCAUAGACAACUUGAGAUAUUUGAUUUCACAGGAGCGGGCUCCAUUUAAGAAACAUUAAACUUCAUACAUGCAACAUAUUAUACUUUAAGGUAAGCUACGAAUCAAAAUCGUGAUUUUUCUAUACAAAAAACUUGACAAUUUAGCAAGAUCAGUUCGUGUACACUCGUUGGUUCGUUCGUACGUUUUUGUGGUUACUACACUACAGCUAGCCAGCGACUAGCGCAACUUGAUUAGCAGCGAGCAGCGAACAGCUCAUUGGACGACCCAGCGACCCAGUGUCGCAGCAGUCGUAUUUCCGUGUGGCGUUGGUCAACACAAACAAUUAAAAUCGUGCACGCGUCUGGUUCAAAAUGAAAAUGCUUCCCGUACAGCUGUCGUUGAAUCCGCAGCUCGGUCUGUGGAGUGAUAUGUUGUGGCGUUGUCCGCCGGCGCCAUCCAGCCAAUUGGCCGAAUUGAAGACACAAUUGCCGCCAUCGUUGCCAUCCGAUCCGCGUUUGUGGGGUCGCGAAGAUGUCACAGUCUUUUUACGCUUCUGCGAACGUGAAUUCGAUCUGCCAAAAGUGGAUCAUGAUCUCUUCCAAAUGAAUGGCAAAGCGCUUUGCCUGCUAACACGCGCCGAUUUCGGUCAUCGUUGUCCGGGUGCUGGUGAUGUGCUACACAAUGUACUACAAAUGCUCAUCAUCGAAUCACAUAUGAUGCAAUGGCAUCUGCCCAACAGUCCCGUUACACCGACCAGCCGUUAUCCGCUGUCGCCGCAUAGCCAUCCACAGACACCCACAUGGCCACCAAUUGGUGCACCACCAGACAGUCCGUUCCACAAUGCGCAUAUGCAUCAUUUCAUGGCGCCCAAUUCGGUGACGCUCAGCCCGCCACCAUCGGUGGACUCACAAGCCAGCAGCCCGCCACAAAGCCAGGAACAAAAUUUGGCUGUUGCCGCCGCUGCAGCAGCAGCUGCCGCCGCCGCCUCAGUGAGCGGUGCCAGCACGGGCAGCAGCAGUAGUAGUAGCACCAGCAGUGGUAGCAGUAAUAGCGGUUUGGGUGUGACCAGCAGUAGCGCCAAUGGUAAUCUAUUGCCACCAGCCAUCUCGGUGACCAUGAGCAACGCCAACGGUUACCCCACACAUCAUGCGUCCGCCAGCACGGGCGCCAGCAGCAAUCAAUCCGAUUCAGAUGAGGAAGGCAGUUAUUCAGAAUUGGCAGCGGCCAAUGGUAUGUCCAAGAGCAACGCUGCGGCAGCCGUAGUCGCGGCACAUUACCGCGCCAGUCCGCCAACAACACCCAUAUUAAAGGAUAUGCCACAGAGCUUAUCACAACAGAUUACAAACAGUUUUGUCAAUUCAUGGUCACAGAAUCAAGCCGCGCAGGCCAUGAGCCAGAAGUAUCAGCCGAAUGGCAGUAGUGGCGGUUCGGUUUCGGCGCCGACGACGCCCAGCUAUAUGCAACCCGUGAAACGCGAGUUCUUCCCGGAGACCACAGAGCCAAAUACAAAUGGUCGUUUGUUAUGGGACUUCUUGCAGCAGUUGCUCAACGAUCGCAAUCAGAAAUACAGUGAUUUGAUCGCGUGGAAGUGCCGCGACACUGGCGUCUUCAAGAUCGUCGAUCCCGCCGGUUUGGCCAAACUUUGGGGCAUUCAAAAGAAUCAUCUCUCUAUGAACUACGAUAAGAUGUCACGUGCGCUACGCUACUACUAUCGCGUGAAUAUAUUGCGCAAGGUCCAAGGCGAACGCCACUGCUACCAGUUUCUACGCAAUCCAACCGAGCUCAAGAAUAUCAAAAAUAUUUCGCUGCUCCGACAAUCCGUUGCAGGCAAUGGCGCUGCAACAACUGCGGCCGGUGGUGCUAAUAACACCAAUAACGCAGCAAACAGCAACAACAACAAUAAUAAUAGCAACAAUAAUAACAAUAGCAACAACAGCAAUCAGUCACCCAGUACAAAUAUGAAUGGUACAAAUUGGACUUUGCCACAUCCGCAAUCACCGCAACGUCACCCGGCCGCACACGGUAGUAAUGGUAAUGGCAACAGCAGCGUGAACAGCAACAGCCACAGUCAUAGCCAUCCACACAGCAACGGCUUGAACAGUCCGCAUAUGAGUCUACCUGCGAUUUCACAAUCGGCCGCCGCCGCUGCUGUAGCCGCUGCGGCUGCAGCUGCAUACGGUCCACCACCCACAUCGCCGCUCUUCAUGCACGCCAUCAACGGUGCCUUCCAGUACUUGUCCAACCCGACGGGCGCACCGCCCAACUCACCGGCGAUGCCACACAGCGCGAGCGAAAAAUUCCAAUUCGGCGCCUUGAAAGUGGAACACAACAGUGGGUCCCGUUCACCGGAUCACUGUGAUGAAAUGAAGCCCACGGAUUUAAGCGUGUCGGGCAACAGCACCGAAAAGCGGCCUUACUCAAGUCCCUCAGCCGAAGAUUGCUAUCCACUCAUCCGCAAUGCUGACGGCCUUACCACAAUCAAAUUGAUACGUUACAAUAAUGAGAGCCAUGAAUCCAGCGUCGCCAAGCAAACUGCGCACGAACAACAGCAGCAACAACACCAUCAGCAGCAACAACAAGCGCUAGCCGAGCAACAACAACAACAAGCUGAACACCAACAACAACACACACCCAUGGAUCACAUGGACAAUGACGGCAAUGAUGAGGACAGCGUCCAAACUGCUGCUGCUGCCAACGCAGAGAGCAAUAAAUAUGGCGUCGCCAAUCUCAUGCCAACCGAUCUGCGCAAGUAAACCCGAUGCGUGUGUGGAAGUGAAACACAGUGAUAGGAGCUAACUAAUAUGACAAUAUGCAACCAAGUGACGGUGAUGGUGAGACGGCAAAAGCAGCCACACACAACAACAACAAAUAACGCCAGGACAAUCAGUAAACAGUUAAGUGGGAGGAGUGCUGUGUGGAGUGCGUGUGGGCGCAAGCAACUCUGGAGAGCGCGCAUUUGAAAGUGGCAGGCAAUUAGUGCAAUUAAGUGACUAAUGCAGUGUCUACUGCUUAAGCGUAGUCUCCAGCAAAAGUGCGCUUCAGCUCAGCUACUUUGCUUUAGUUCUUCUGCAGCAGUGCCAAAUCUUCGUUUGUUUGUUUGUAAUGCAAGCUCAAGCAUAGUCUAAGUUGCAUGAAACUCAUUAAUUCAAUUCGCUGGAAUUCAUCACCCAUUCAUGUGCGAAGUGCGUUCAAGGUCAACUGUUUGUGAGUGAUUCAUUUGCGGUGGAGUUCAAGCCGCAAUCAAAUUAAGAUAUGAAUAUGCAUGUAAGUGGUAUGCAGUUACAUAGUUUUUUUUAUUAAAUAUUAUUAAAUUAUGUAUUGAACGUAGUGAUUUGUGGUGUGCAAGCACACACACAGGCAGAUAUUUGCAUAUAAAAUAUAUAGUACAUACAUAAAUAUUUCCAAAAGGGUUUAUAUGUAUGUAUGUGCGAGAGUAUACAUAAAAUAAUUUAACAUAGUUGUUGCAAAUAUGUGCAUUAAUACAUAUAUAUAGUACAUAGUAAAUAGUUAAGCGUUUGUAUAGUUCGUCAAAUAAUAUAUUAUUAAUUAGAAAUAGAAAUAGAAAUAUAUAUGUAUAUGAAAGUAUAUAUUUACAAUAACUUUAACUGUAUAACUAAUAGAGCACAUAUAUACACAUACAUACAUAUAUAUAUAUAUAUAUAUAUAUUAUGAGAAAAACAACAAUUCAAAGCGAGCUAAAUAUUAAUUAAAUAAUAAUUAAUAUUAUAUAUACAUAUAUAUAAUUGAAAGAAGGAUUAAUAUACUCAUUAAUAUAUCAAAAACAGAAAUUGAUACACUCACAGACAAACACACACACAAUGAACAGCAAUUAAAUUUAUUGUAUUGUAUGUAAAUUGUAUAUAAACAUACAUACUUACAUAUAUUCUUGCUAAUUUAUACAAAUUUUAUUUUAAAUUUAUUUAAUUUUUAUUUAAUUUAAUUUUUUUAUUAUUUUUUUUAAUUUUUUUUUUUAUUUUUUUUAAUAUUUCUUAAUUUUUUAUUUAUUUUUUAUUUAUUUUUUUUUUUUUUGUAAAAAGUGCAAAUUUUUUGAAUAGUGCCGUAUUUAAACAUUUUUAUUGACAAAAGCUUUCAGUAGUUAUCAAAUUCGUAUUGCCUUAUGAGAAUUAAUCACAAAAGUGUAAAAGCUUAAGUGAUAAAGGCAUGACCGCAGAGCUUUAAAUUAUGCCCAGUGAGCAAGCUAAAAAGCUUUUGAUUAAGUGAAAGCUCGUUGGAAAUUAACAGAGCUUAAAUUUAACAGAGCUUAAAAUUAUGAAGCUUAAAGCUUAGAGUCAAUUUCAGACUAAGCUUUGAAAAAAGUCACACUGCGAACGCUCAGAAUGUUUGCAACUAAAAGUUAGUGAUUGAAAACGAAAGCCUUCACAAUGCAGAAAUGCAUUAAGCAGCAGAAAGCACAUAUUAUGAACUUUCAAAGCUAUUGCUAAGCGUAUAAACUAUAAGUGCUGAAGCUUAAAUCGUUAAAUUGUUAAAAGCUCAAAGGAUAAGUUUUCAGAGCUUAAAUUGUUAAAGGCUCAAAUGAUAAGUUUUCAGAGCUUAAAGUAAUUAAUUGCUGACGAUUUCACUUAAAUGAAUCAAUUACUAACGUUGUGUUAUUUAAGCUAAAAAGCUUUUUGAGAAAAAAUAAAGUUGUUUUUCAUAGUCAUUUCCGAAUAUAUACACUACUAAAUGCUGAAAAAUCAUUUAAAGCUACAAACUAUAAAAUUUUUGCUGUUUUAAAGCUCAGUGAAAGCUCAAUAGGUCAAUAUGGCCAUAAUUUGUAAUUUUUUAAAACUAUCUUUGUUCCAAGCUGUUUGAUUUGCAAGCUUUCGAAGCUUUUGCCGUAGUCUGAAGCUUUUUGAGCUGGAUUUUAAAGCUUGCAAAUUGCUUUAGAAAGCUUUUAAAAGCUUUAAGGAAAGUUUAAGCUACCACAAUGAUUUGAAAGCUCUCUGGCAUUAAUAGAAAUGAGAAAACGGCAUUUUUCGAGAAUUUUGCACAGAUUUUACAUUAUUAAUUAUUUUUUAUUUAAACCGAGUAUGGUUUUUUUUACCAAACUCACUCAAGUUGUCAUUUUUCGGACAACCAAACGAGGGGUGUAAUGUGCCAAUUACGAU